AUGGCAGUACGAUACACAAACGAAGAAUAUUACGACAUGCUGAUGGCACUUGGCGAGUGUCACGGGCAGUAUUACGUAGCUGCAAGACGGUACGCCGAAUUGUAUCCAAAUCGAGCAAGACAUCCGUCGGCUCCCGUCAUACUUCGAGCAGCUCAAAGAUUACACGAGACUGGCAAUGUCCUUCCGAACAUGCACGACACUGGGAGAGAUCGCGAGGUGAGAGAUUUGCGGGGCAUGGAGCAAGUUGUACGUGUUUUCGAGCUUAAUCCUGAAACGAGUAUUCGGGAGGUUGCUCGAGAACACAAUUUAUUCUAUGGAACUGUACAAAAAGUACUCAAAGAAGAAAAGUUGCACGCAUUUCACUACACACGCGUGCAACAUUUGGAACCAGGAGAUCAUCAUGCAAGAAGAACGUUCUGCGAAAAUUUUCUGAGAAAGUAG